GAAGCGGUCGGUGUUGUUGUCAGGGUGAAGUCGGGAUGAGGAGAUGGAGCCGCGGGGAGAGGAUCAGAGAGAGGGGCCGGCAGCAGCGACAUCAUCAUCAUCAUCAUCAUCGGGUCACAGCAAAAGCUGGAAAAAUGACCGUGUGUUCAAGAUGCCAGAGACGAGGAAGCCGCCGGCGACUACCACCAGGACUCCUUCAAUACAUCUCAAACUACAGAAGCAUCGGGAAUUAGCCAAGAAAGCCCUGAAGAAGAAAGGAAUAGGUGGUGGACCGAUUUUGCACCAGCCUAAAUCGGGCACAAAAAGAUUAGUAAAAUUCAAUAAAGGUUACUCUGCCCUGAAACAAAAUCCGGAUGAAUCUUUAGUCUCCUUAGAGUCUGACAGUGAUGGUGAAUUUGAGUCUAAGUAUUAUUCCUCAUCAGGCUAUUCCUCUGCAGAGCAGCAAGUUAAUCAGGACCUGAACCGGCAGCUCCUGAAAGAUGGCUAUCAUCUGGACGAAAUACCGGACGAUGAAGAUCUCGACCUCAUUCCACCUAAGCCUGUUACCUCGUCAGCCUGCGCUUGUUGCCAGGCAGAAAGUUCUUGUACUGUCCAGUAGUUAUUGCCACCCCCACCACCAUGUCGAAAGAUAAGUCCAUUUUAGGCAAUUAAAUUUUUUUUAUAUAUAUAUUGUGUAUAUAUAUAUAUUUUGGCUGAACUUGUUUAAAAGAGAUUAUAAACUGAGAAAAGACAUUAGCAUGAUAGGAUCCUGUUUAAAAAUACUAUUUGGGUCAUUGCGACUGCUAAUUGCUUUCAUUAAAUUUGGCCUAACCCCCUUAAAUCAAAUACCGUUUAUAACUGAAAUUAGACCUGAGAUGACAGCUUAAAAGCUAUUACUAAUUUCUCUAUAUUACACUACUCAUUUUGCCAGUAGCGUAAUAAAGUUAUUAUUACCUAAUGCUGGCUUGAAAUUCACACCCAAGCUUAAUUGAUCUUUCUCUUCUUUAUUCACUAAUCCAAAGGAAGGGAAUCUUUCAAAACAGAGAAAACUGAAUACUAGAGUAGAGUGGGACUACACAUAGAGGUUGGCAGUGAAAUUGUGCAGUUUGGUCGUACAGUGGGGUGCUUCGAUGUAACUUUAAAGGUGCUGGUUCCAAUUCUGCAGGCUUGCAACCGAUGCUGGAAAAUGGUAUUUUGCACGGAUGUCUUCAGGAUUGGGAUAUUAAAGGACAGGACCGUUUUAUUCCACAGAUGAGUAAAUUUAGUGGGCAGGCUAGGAAUGAAGCAUGGUGAGGGCAGUAGUUCUGUUACUAGCUUACGUUUCUGUUGGGUGUACAGCAUUGCUGAGAGCGCUGGCCUUUGGGGGAGCUGCAGCAAAUCUGAGGAAAAAAAAAAUUCCUUUCAGAUUUAUUUUCUGUCAUCAGGCAUUGGUGGGAUACUGAAAUGAGGCUGAGGAAAAUGGCUAAAAUCUGCCCUGAGUUGCAGUCUUUAUAUGUAGAUCAUAUGCAUUGGACAUUAGCAUUUGAUGAUGCCGUAGCUUAUACAGUGCAUCACCUAAACAACGCUCAGUUUGGAUUGAGUUGACACUACAUAGGUAUGAUCAGAAUUGGUUCUUACUUUGACGUGAACAAAGAUUACUUAUUGACAGUAUUAAUAUUUAGUUCCAAAAUAUUGUGAAGCUAAAUUAGAACUUUUUGAAUAAUUUUGGACACUUCGUACCUGGGCCCUAUGCUUAGGAAAUGUUUCUGUUGAUUAGCACACUUUUUUUUCCCCCUCUGGCCUGUUUCAAUAAGUUUCAGGGGUGUUUUUUUGACAUGCUAUCCAUUAAAGGGGAUGAAAACAUUGUAGCUGUUCCUACAGAGGAUGAUGGGAUGGCGGAGAGAGUAGAAUGAGUUUGAGAGAAAGUGGAAGGAAGUCAUUUAUUGUAAGUAAUACUUAGAUUGCGAAUAACAGGAAAUCGGGAAGCUGUUCUUCGCCAUUCUUGCUAAGCUCAUGGUAUGAAAGAGGGAGCCAGUCAGAAGGUAAACUUGGUGUAAAUUUUGGCACAGCGCAGCAUUGUUUGGCUACUGUAAGCAUUGUGUUUUGCCACCCAUUUACCAUCACUUACCAAUGGAAGGUGCAAUGAGCUGGCUGACUUUUGGAUAACAGCAGAUUACUUGUUCUUAAUAGCAAUUUGUCAAAUUAAAUGUUGAGGAGAGGGGUUGAGGCCGCUCGUUUGAUUGCAGUCUAAUUGAUUGGGAUUUUAUGGGUGUACCUAGUGAUAUGUCCAUUCUUAUUUCAUAUGACAGUGACAUGAUGUAUAUUAAAUGGUAAUGGGAAAAUAAUGAGCAGUUUAUCUAGGCUGGUUACUCGAUUCUAUUGUAAUCCAUAAGCAUGUUUAAUGAUUUUAGAACAAUUUAUUUCAAUAAUAGGUUUAUCCAAUUGGAUACUAUAUUGAAUUAGCCACAAAGUAAGAGACGACUGUGAUUUCAAAGAGAUCAGCUUUUGCAGUCCCACCAUAUUAAGUACAACAACUGAUUAGUUGGGAAAAGGGCUUUUCUGAGGUACUUGGAGUAUUUGUGUCUGUUAUGUUUAGUUUGUAUGCAGCAACAUCAGAUGCACUUUGAUUCUUGUCUUCAUAUCAGUUCUUUAUCUCAAUACAUUGUGUUUACAUGCGCUUUUGCUUAAAUGUUGAAAUUGAACCAAACAAAAUUGAACAGUCUGUAAUGAGAUGCACUUACUACUUACACCUGUCUGUACAAUGACUGCCCAUGUCUGUAUCCUGUCGUGGGAUAAUGCCAUUCUCUUAGGCCAUCUGCUGUUCAUCCCCAGAUCACUCUUGGGUUAAAACAUCCAUUACAUACUUUUGCAUUUCUUUAUGAUGUUUCAGCCUGUUUUGAGCUAGGAGAGGGUCCAGAAGUUUGUUUAGAGUUAGACUAGUUUGGUCUCUUACACUUUGACUACCUGUCAGUCCUCUCCUUUCUCCAGAGACCUAAUGGAGCAUUUAUUAUCCGCAUUAACAGACUGAACAGUUAGGAAAAAUGCAUCUUGGUCCUCCUUGCUUUGAGGAUGUGUCAUUUAUUUGUUUUUUAUUAUUGCUUUCUCAUUCAGUUUGUUCCGAUUUAGUUAUGUCACUGAUGUGAAGUCUGGAUUUUUAAUUUUUGCUCUGAGAGUACUUCUGAUUUUCCUUUGGAAGUUUGCUUAUAAGUUACCAAAGUUACUUGUGUCUUUAAGCAGAAUAUAAGCUGGCGUUAUUGUGUUUGAGCAUCUUAAAUUGUAGCUUUCAGCUGCUAAUAUAUUUGUGACUAAUUAAAGAGUGAAUAGUUAGUAAACUGGAAGUCAUUUAAUGUUUAAACCAUAAGGGAAAUUAAAUGAAUCAGCAUCACACAGCCUUGAUAAUAAAAUAGUCAGCACCUUGGUUCUUUAGCUUUGAGGUUACGCUGUAAAUAUUAGUGCAAAGUAGAAACAUGGGGAAAGGCAGAGAACUCAAAAAGCUUUGGAAUAAAAAUCUCUGAACGCUAUAUAACUUCCCACCACUUGGAUAUAUAUGUGAGAUGUUGCAAAGGUCUAUAAAAUUAUUUUAAUGUCCAUUAAUUCUAUUUAAUUGCUUUGCUGAGGAGUAGCAAAACAUUUUGUAAUAAAUAAAGUUAAACUUUAAUUCUGUUUACCAAUUGCUGUUUAUUAUGGUGGCUGGUACCUGCUGUAAUUUAGUUCAUUAUAUUUAAUAGUUAAGAUCACCGUCGAGGAAUAUUCAAACCUGGUGUUGGAAGGCUAUGAUGGAGAAGGGGAAUUAUUCAAUAUUUUCCAAACUAAAUCCAACUUUGUUCUACUGAAAUGUGAGAUGAUGUUUAAUAAUUUUCUCAAUUAAUUCAUCCACAUCAACUUAUCUAUUUAAUGCUGUACUCUAAACCUCUGAGGAGAGACUGCUGAAAUCUCUCAGUCUUUGUGGUCACUAUCGAUUAAAGACAUUAUGAUUCUGACAAGUUUUUUUUGAUGAUUACAUUUCUCGGGGUUGGAUUAUGAGCUGCCCCGUUUCUGGGACAGCUACUUCGUACAUCGGUGCUGAAUUCAUCGGUGCUUAAUUGCAGUUGAACCUUUAUCCUGGAGAUGAUUGCAUACUCUUGUUUAGGUGCAGUGUGGUGUUGGAUGCAUUCUCAAUAUGCAUCUGUAUGUGCCGGUCUUUUGCAUUUACUGUGAUACACUAAGCAUAGGAGUUAGUGGUGCCUUUUCAGAUUAACUUUGGUGGGGAGAGGAGGAGUUGGCAGGAGUUAGGAUCAGUAGUUUCAGUCAAAAUGAAACAUGCUGCUAAAGAAUAGGAGUCUGAUUGGAGCACUGUCUGGUAAUCAUUCGUCAAUUAUUAAUGUUGUUAUCCACAUGUCUCUAGACAGACUGUGGAGUUUAUUGUUCAGAAGGAGAAAUAUUACAAAUAUGCUAGAGAGGUCCUUGCUAAAAUACACUGUAGCAUGCAAUAUGCAUGGCUGUUAUGUGUAUUUAAUUCAUAAUUCAACUGGGGAGCUGCAACUCUCAGGCUCAUUAUACAGGAAGGGGAUAUAGUAACACGUUCUUUCUGGCCCGAAGUAGAAAUGAUUUCUCAGGAAAGUGACACAAUUGUAUUCAGCUUCAACAGUAAUUGCGAAGAUAAGUUUGAAUUAAUUGCCUGAACAACUGCAUUGCUGUACGCCUACUCCCAAGUUAAAUGUCAUCUUUCAAAGAACUCAGAAAAGGGAAGCUUAAAAAAAAACUCGUAUAGAAAGAAGUUUAAUGUUCGAUACACUAGCUUGCCCAUCACGUUUCUGAGAAUAUGGGCAGUGAAGAUGUAGUUAAAAUUGAAUGUGACCUGUGUGUUGUGUUGUGUUUUCUGGAACUUACAAUGGAUUGUGAAAAUGCACUGGGCCACGAGGCCAUCUGAUUCUUAAGCCGUCUUUAAGUUUUCAAUUUACACAGUGUAUGCAAAAUAUAAAGACUAAAUAUUCUUUCUGUGCAAUACAUAAAGUUAACUACAUUUUAUUAAAUUGCAUUUAUUUUUUGUAUGUUAUUGGUAUGGCAAAUUAAAAUAAAGAAUGCUUUAAAAGA